AUGGCAGCUUUUUUUCCACCAUCAUCAGCAGAACUAAGAAAAGUUAAAAGAGUUCAAUUUGGUAUUCUUAGUCCAGAUGAAAUUAGAAAUAUGUCAGUUGCUCGUGUUGAACAUCCAGAAACCUAUGAAAAUGGUAAACCAAAAGCUGGUGGUUUAUUAGAUCCAGCAAUGGGUACCAUUGAUAAAACACAAAGAUGUCAAACAUGUUCAGGUACAAUGGCAGAAUGUCCAGGUCAUUUUGGUCAUAUAGAAUUAGCAAAACCAGUAUUUCAUAUUGGUUUCAUUGAUACAGUAUUAAAAAUUUUAAGAUGUGUUUGUUAUCAUUGUUCAAAAUUAUUAACGGAUACAAAUGAACACUCAUUUAGACAAGCAUUAAAAAUUAGAAAUCAAAAACAUAGAUUAAAUGCAGUAGUAGAUUGUUGUAAAAACAAAAAAGUAUGUGCAAUUGGAGGAGAAGAAGAGGAAGAACAUGAUUUAUCAAAAACCGAUGAAGAAUUGGAUAAACCAGUUAAACAUGGUGGAUGUGGUAAUGUUUUACCAAAGAUAACAAAAGAAGAUUUAAAGAUUAUAGUAGAGUUUAAAGAUGUAACCGAUGAAAGUAUUGAAAAGAAAUCGGUACUAUCGGCAGAACGUGUUUUAAAUAUUUUAAAGAGAAUUAAAGAUGAAGAUUCGCGUGCAAUGGGUAUUAACCCAGAUUGGGCAAGAGCAGAUUGGAUGAUUGCAACAGUAUUACCAGUACCACCACCACCAGUUAGACCAUCGAUUAUGAUGGAUACCUCAACGAGGGGUGAGGAUGAUUUAACACAUAAAUUAGCCGAUAUUGUAAAGGCAAAUAGAGAAUUACAACGUCAAGAAAAGAAUGGUGCACCAGCACAUAUCAUUGCAGAGGCAACUCAAUUCUUACAAUUCCACGUUGCAACCUAUGUAGACAAUGAAAUACCCGGUUUACCACAAGCUCAACAACGUUCAGGUAGACCAUUGAAAUCGAUUCGUCAACGUUUAAAAGGUAAAGAAGGUAGAAUCAGAGGUAAUCUUAUGGGUAAACGUGUUGAUUUCUCUGCUCGUACAGUCAUUACUGCCGAUCCAAAUCUUUCGAUCGAUCAAGUUGGUGUACCACGUUCAAUUGCGCUCAAUCUCACCUAUCCAGAGACAGUAACACCUUUCAAUAUCGAUAAAAUGAGAGAGUUAAUUAGAAAUGGUCCAUCCGAGCAUCCAGGUGCAAAAUAUAUCAUUCGUGAGGAUGGUACACGUUUCGAUUUACGUUUUGUCAAAAAAGUUAGUGAUACCCAUUUAGAGUGUGGCUAUAAAGUUGAAAGACAUAUCAACGAUGGUGAUGUGGUUAUUUUCAAUCGUCAACCAUCACUUCAUAAAAUGUCUAUGAUGGGUCAUCGUAUUAAAGUUAUGCCAUACAGUACUUUUCGUUUGAAUCUUUCUGUAACCUCUCCAUACAAUGCAGAUUUCGAUGGUGAUGAAAUGAAUCUUCAUGUACCACAAACUUUGGAAACCCGUGCUGAAGUCAUUGAAAUUAUGAUGGUACCACGUCAAAUCGUUUCACCACAAUCAAAUCGUCCUGUAAUGGGUAUUGUACAAGAUACUCUAUUGGGUAGUCGUCUCUUUACAAAACGUGAUUGCUUUAUGGAAAAAGAUUUAGUAAUGAACAUAUUAAUGUGGUUACCAUCUUGGGAUGGUAAAGUACCACCACCAGCAAUCUUAAAACCAAAACAACUUUGGACAGGUAAACAACUUUUCUCACUCAUCAUUCCCGAUAUAAAUUUAAUUCGUUUCACAUCGACUCACAAUGAUAAAGAACCAAAUGAAUGUUCGGCCGGUGAUACUCGUGUCAUCAUUGAAAGAGGUGAACUAUUGGCAGGUAUUCUUUGUAAACGUUCAUUAGGUGCAGCAAAUGGUUCAAUCAUUCAUGUGGUCAUGAAUGAACAUGGUCAUGAUACUUGUCGUCUUUUCAUUGAUCAAACUCAAACCGUUGUCAAUCAUUGGUUAAUUAAUCGUGGUUUCACUAUGGGUAUUGGUGAUACCAUUGCAGAUUCUGCAACAAUGGCAAAGGUUACUCUUACCAUUUCCUCUGCAAAGAAUCAAGUAAAAGAAUUGAUUAUCAAAGCUCAAAAUAAACAAUUUGAAUGUCAACCAGGUAAAUCUGUAAUUGAAACUUUUGAACAAAAAGUAAAUCAAGUAUUAAAUAAGGCUCGUGAUACCGCUGGUAGUAGUGCACAAGAUUCCCUCUCUGAGGAUAACAAUUUAAAGGCGAUGGUAACUGCAGGUUCAAAAGGUUCUUUCAUCAAUAUCUCACAGAUGAUGGCUUGUGUAGGUCAACAAAAUGUCGAAGGUAAACGUAUUCCAUUUGGUUUCCAAAGUAGAACAUUACCACAUUUCACCAAGGAUGAUUAUGGUCCAGAGAGUCGUGGUUUCGUAGAGAAUUCAUAUCUUCGUGGUUUAACUCCUCAAGAAUUCUUUUUCCAUGCUAUGGGUGGUAGAGAAGGUUUAAUUGAUACUGCCGUAAAAACAUCUGAAACCGGUUAUAUUCAACGUCGUCUUGUAAAAGCAAUGGAGGAUGUCUCAAUUAAAUAUGAUGCCACAGUUAGAAAUUCAUUGGGUGAUGUUAUUCAAUUUGCCUAUGGUGAAGAUGGUAUAGAUGGUUGUUUUGUUGAGAAUCAAUCCAUUGAUUCCCUUAGAAAAGAUAAUACCGAAUUGGAACGUAUGUAUCGUCAUCAAGUUGAUAAACCAGACUAUGGUGAUGGUUGGAUGGAUCCAUUGGUAAUUGAACAUGUUAGAAACGAUUCAUUAACUCGUGAUACAUUGGAGAAAGAAUUUGAACGUAUUAAAUCGGAUCGUUCAUUAUUAAGAAAUGAAAUUAUACCAUCUGGUGAGGCAAAUUGGCCAUUACCAGUGAAUUUACGUCGUUUAAUUAAUAAUGCACAAAAACUUUUCAAUAUUGAUAUUCGUAGAGUUAGUGAUUUAAAUCCGGCAGUUGUUGUUUUAGAAAUUGAAAAAUUGGUAGCACGUUUAAAGAUUAUUGCAACCGCUGAUACAACCGAAGAUGAUGAAAACUUUAAUCGUGCUUGGGCUGAAGUUUACUUUAAUGCCACAAUGUUAUUCUCGAUUUUAGUACGUUCAACAUUUGCAAGUAAACGUGUUUUAACCGAAUUUAGAUUAACAGAGAAAGCAUUCCUUUGGGUUUGUGGUGAAAUCGAAAGUAAAUUCCUUCAAGCAUUGGCCCAUCCAGGUGAAAUGGUAGGUGCAUUGGCAGCACAAUCAAUUGGUGAACCAGCAACACAAAUGACACUUAAUACUUUCCAUUAUGCUGGUGUAAGUAGUAAGAAUGUAACAUUGGGUGUACCACGUCUAAAGGAAAUCAUUAACAUUGCCAAACAAGUGAAAACACCAUCCCUCACCAUCUAUUUGAAACCACAUAUGGCUCGUGAUAUGGAUCGUGCAAAGAUUGUAAAAUCACAACUCGAAUAUACUACACUUGCAAAUGUAACCUCUGCAACCGAAAUCUACUAUGAUCCUGAUCCACAAAAUACCAUCAUCAGUGAAGAUGCUGAAUUUGUAAAUAGUUAUUUCGAACUUCCAGAUGAAGAGAUCGAUGUUCAUAGUAUGUCACCUUGGUUACUUCGUAUCGAAUUGGAUAGAGGUAUGGUUACCGAUAAAAAGUUAACAAUGGCCGAUAUCACUCAAUGUGUCGUUAGAGAUUUUGGUCUAAGUUUAAAUUGUAUUUUUAGUGAUGAUAAUGCCGAGAAACUCAUUCUUCGUAUUCGUAUGGUAGAGAGUCAAGAAACAAAAGGUACCGACAAUGAUGAUGAUGAUCAAUUCCUUCGUCGUAUCGAAUCAAAUAUGCUCAGUGAAAUGGUUUUACGUGGUAUCAAAGGUAUAAAGAAAGUGUUUAUGAGAACCGAUGAUAAGAUUCCAAAGGUCACUGAAAAUGGUGGUUUUGGUGUUCGUGAAGAAUGGAUUCUCGAUACUGAUGGUGUUUCCCUCUUAGAGGUAAUGAGCCAUCCAGACGUUGAUCAUACUCGUACCACCUCUAAUGAUAUCGUUGAAAUCAUUCAGGUUUUAGGUAUUGAGGCCGUAAGAAAUGCUCUCCUCAAAGAACUUCGUGCCGUUAUUUCCUUUGAUGGUUCCUAUGUAAAUUAUCGUCAUUUGGCAAUUUUAGCCGAUGUUAUGACUUAUCGUGGUCAUCUUAUGGCCAUCACUCGUCAUGGUAUCAAUAGAGUUGAAACUGGUCCACUCAUGAGAUGUUCUUUCGAAGAAACUGUCGAAAUUCUUAUGGAUGCCGCCAUGUUCUCUGAAACUGAUGAUGUCAAAGGUGUAACUGAAAAUAUUAUUUUAGGUCAACUCCCACCAUUGGGUACUGGUAGUUUCGAAGUUUUCCUCAAUCAAGAUAUGAUCAAAAAUGCUCAUUCCAUCGCUUUACCAGAACCUUCCAAUGUUUCUUAUCCAGAUACUCCAGGUAGUCAAACACCUUCCUAUUCCUAUGGUGAUGGUAGUACAACUCCUUUCCAUAAUCCUUAUGAUGCUCCAUUGUCACCAUUCAAUGAAACUUUCCGUGGUGAUUUCUCACCUUCUGCUAUGAAUUCACCAGGUUAUAAUGCAAAUAAAUCCUAUGGUAGUAGUUAUCAAUACUUCCCACAAUCACCAACUUAUUCUCCAACUUCACCAUCCUAUUCUCCAACUUCACCAUCUUAUUCACCAACUUCUCCAUCUUAUUCACCAACUUCACCAUCUUAUUCACCAACUUCUCCAUCUUAUUCACCAACCUCACCAUCUUAUUCUCCAACUUCACCAUUUUAUUCUCCAACUUCACCUUCCUACUCACCAACUUCACCAUCAUACUCCCCAACCUCACCAUCAUAUUCACCAACCUCACCAUCUUACUCACCAACCUCACCCUCCUAUUCACCAACUUCACCAUCAUAUUCACCAACUUCACCAUCAUAUUCACCAACUUCACCAUCAUACUCUCCAACUUCACCAUCAUAUUCACCAACCUCUCCUUCAUACUCACCAACCUCACCAUCUUAUUCACCAACCUCACCAUCAUAUUCACCAUCAUCCCCAUCUUAUUCACCAAGUUCGCCAUCAUAUUCACCAAGUUCACCAUCAUACUCACCAUCAUCACCAACCUUUACAAACAAAUAUAACUAUCAACCAAAUAAUAAAAAGAAAUAG